AUGCUGGCCGACACGCCGGCAGAUGAUCCGCAUGGCGAGGCGGCGCCAGCCGAGGAGGAGGAGGAGCCGAUCGUGCGGGACCCGGUGCAGCUGCCUCACCUCGAGCGGGCACACGGGCACGCGACGGCGGCGGCGGCGAAGGAGGCGGGCAACGCGCACUUCAAGGCGGGCGAGUACCCCGACGCCGCCGCGUGCUACGCGCGCGCGCUCUCCCUGGCGGCCGACGGGGGCGGAGGCGCGGCGGCGAGGGUGGUGCUGCACUCAAACCACGCGGCGGCCUUCCUCAAGCUGCGGCGGGGCGGCGAGGCGCUCGCUUGCUGCGAGGCGGCGCUGAGGGAGGCGGAGAAGGCGGCGGCGGAGAAGGCGGCGGCGGAGAAGGCGGCGGCGGAGAAGGCGGAGAAGGCGGCGGCGGAGAAGGCGGAGAAGGAGGCGGCGGAGAAGGCGGAGAAGGAGGCGGCGGAGAAGGAGGCGGCGGAGAAGGCGGCGGCGGAGAAGAAGGUGGAGGAGAAGGAGGCGGCGGGUGUCGGCUGUGCGGUGCUAAGCAAGGUGCAGUACCGCAAGGCGCUCGCGCACGAGAUGGAGCGGCAGUGGCCCGAGGCGCGGCGGGCGAUGGAGGCGGCCAUCGCCGCCGUGCUGCAGCGUGACCGCGAGGCGCGCGCCGCCAAGCUGCGGGCCGCAGGCCUCGGAGGCGGCGGCGCCGACGGCGCUGGCGCGCUCGAGUCGCGCGGCGGCGACGCGCGGAUACCUGCGCGAGCCGAGGCGGAGGCGGAGGCGGAGGCGGCGGAGGCGGCGGAGGCGGCGGAGGCGGAGGAGGAGGAGGCGGAGGCGGAGGCGGCGGAGGCGGAGGCGGCGGAGGCGGCGGCGGCGGGAGAGGCGGCGGCGGCGGGAGAGGAGGAGAGAACGACGGCGGGCACCGGAUGA